AUGGCAGUCAUUCUGGCACUAGUGCUGUUCGCUCUGUACCGUAUGUACAAGACAGGCGGCCGAGAGGCUGACUUGUGUGGCACGGCAGACUGUAUCGAGCACGUUCACACGCUGGGCAUCUACACCGACCACAACGCGUCGCCUUGCGAAUGUUUCGGCUGCUUCGUGUGCAGUGGUUGGUCGAACGACUUUCGACACGCCAACAGCUCGGUCAGGGGGCAAGCCAUUCUUCGUUGGUUCGCGACCGUCAAUAAGUUGAGCCUCGGUGACUACGACCAGCAGGCGGUGAUCAACAGGCCGCUCAGUAUGAUGCGCCAGUGCAUGUCGAGCACUUCCGACGGAGAGAACACCGUGAGGAUGCUGACGGCCUUUGUAAGUGAACGAAGCUUCGCGUGGCCCACGGCUGGCGAACCGGAGGAAAUCGUUGACUACGGCAGAGCCCUGCAGGUGGUCCUGGAACUGUCCGUCGUGUGGGCGCUACCACUGUGGUUCCACGUACACUUGCUCCCGGUGGCGGCAUCGUCUCGUCUUCAGCGAGAUCGCGCCGUCUUGCUGACUCCAUCCACGCCAUCGCUUCUCGGGCAUUUCACGCACGAGACAAUAUCCAGGUACCAGGACGGCUAUUCCAUCUACACGGGCUUCUUCAUCAAUACGGUGUUCGCAGUCAGACCUCCUUCGGAGUCCUUCACGACCUUCUUGACGAGAAGAAGUAGCGGAGUGCAGAGGCAGAUAUUUCACGAGCUGACCUCUGCGAUCGACAGUGAUCUCCCUCAGCCAAGGCUCGUGGAGAUCGGAAGCAUGCCGAAGCUGGUGAGAAAUCUGAGCGCGAAGGACUGGAUCAGAGCGCUUCGAUCAGUGUACGGCACUCGUGCCUCAGACAUCACCGCAAAGGACCUACUCUUGGCUACGAACGGCGGCCUCAUUGAAGCUAUAGAUUCCAUAUUCGCCUCGAACACCGCCAAAGACAUUUUCUUCCACACGGUCUGGUGGUUCGUGCAAGCCGUGGGCUCUACCAUCAGCAGUGUACUGCGGUUGUCGGUGGACAGCGCUCCGGAAGGCGCGUACUUUCAGCGUCUCGUCUGCUUCUACCACGUCGACACUACCUACAACGUCCUUCUGGCGUCCGUCAACAAGGCGAUGUUGUCGACAGAAGCACGAUUUGCCAUCACCAAUCGGCUGGAGAAUAUACGAUCUAUCGUAGUAGAGAAACUCCGCGGGUAUUCCAAGCUGAACGCUGAGACGAGGCGAGCACUCUCCUCAGUUGUGGAAGGUAUGUGCACUGUCAUCUGGCCUGAGGACGACUUCGGAAGACCGGGCGGCUUCGAGCAGUACUUCGGGGAGCCGUACAAUGGCAGCGAACGUGGCUUUUACGCCGAAUGGGAAUGGAGCCGCUUGCAAAUGUACAACCGUGAUAAUCGAGCAGCAGUGGCCAUCGGGGACUACGUCGCCGCUUCGAAGGUCUUUGCGUUUGCUGGGGAGACUGUGACCGCCUACAAUCCCCUGUUGAACGUGAUUUCCAUUUCCGUCGCCGCCCUUAGUCCCCCGUUUUACUACGGCGAGGGGACGAGUGCGAUGUUCUACAGUGGCCUGGGCUUUAUCUACGCAGAAGGAAUCUUCAGAGCUGUGGCCAUGAUGGCGCACCUCCUCAACGGAGGCAUGGUAAUGGCGUCAUCGGAAUCUGCGGUCACGUGGUCUUUCUGGAACGCCUCUUGGUGUUCCGAUGUUCUGGAGGCCGAGAGGACGUUCCCGUGGCUGCCCGCGUUAGACGUCGCUUACACGGCGUAUUUGCGUUUUAAGGACGAGGCCUCCGACCUGCGCCUCGAAGGCUUGCGCGAAUACAGUCCCGCGCAGGUCUUUUUUGCCACCUUCUGUCACGGCACUUGUCGGACGGACUCUUUCAAGAGGAAGUUUUCUAGGACGUGCACUGAUGCGACAAGAAAUUUCGGUCCCUUCGCAGAGGCAUUCUCCUGUCCCACCAACGCGACGGCCAAAAAGUGCGCGUACGUGUGA